GCUCCCCUCCUCUUUCCCCUCCCCGCCGAGGGCAGCCGGCGCCGUCCCGUCCCGUCCCGGGACUCAGCGGCUCCGCUCCGCCCGCCGCGGCCGCCCCCUCCCCAUGCGGGUGUCCCGGGUGGGCGGCAGCCGCCGGCUCUCCCCCCCGCCCCGGCAUGGCCCGGCUCUCUGUCAAGGAGCACCUAGACGGGAUCCUCUCCGACUUCGAAGCGCUCAAGAAGUCGUUUGAGGUGGAUGGGGAUGAGGCACCCGGCUCCCCACCCGUGUCCCUGCUGCCCUCAGGCACCGGCGAGUGCCGCCGGCCGCUGCAGCCCGGCCACCCACCCUGCUCUGGCACUGCUGCUGGCCCCAGCCCGGUUCCCAGCCCCGUGCUGUGCAGCCGGCUCAACACCAGUCUCUCCACUGGCCGAGCCAACGGCACAACCAGCACUGCCGUCACCUGUGUUACCUCCUUCCAGACUCACCGGGGCUUUGCCCCAGGGCCAGGCAGCGACGGCGAGAGCCUCCGCAGCUCAUCCUCCAGCCUGGAGAGCCCUGCACCCCCCCAGCCGCCAGGCAGCCCCCUGGCCACUGGCACCUACCUGAAGAAGGUCCCAUCCCACAGCAGUGUCUUCCCGGCAGAGCUGGAGCGUCCUCUCCAUGGGGCCACCACCAGCUGUGGUUCGCUGCCGGCACUGGACCUGCACAUUGCUGAGGAGCCAGGGACGGGGACCUCCCCACCACACCCCCAGCCAUGGAGCGCCCGCAGCCCUGCAACCCAGCCCCACACCCACCAGCCUCCCUCCUCCACCCUGGCCCUGUGUGAUGGCACUGGGCUGGCCCCAGGGCUGCCCACGCUCCCCAAGGGGCCAGGGGAGUGGCUGCCACAGAGGUGGGAUGUGGCCACCUGCACGCUGCCUCGGCCGCAGCUGAGGGUCAGCCUCAGCGCCAGCCCUGGCCCAGCCCACCGGCCCCCACCGCUCCCCCAGGGCCAGGGGGAGGCAGCCCCAGCCCCCACCACCCCGUCCCUGGGGAGGGCUGAGGGGCUGCCACCACCACCACCAGCGCCCCAAGCUGCCCCCUUCAAGCUGGUGUCCCAGCCACAGACAGUGCAAGUGAGCUCCCAGCCUGCCUUCCUCGGGGGACUGGUGCUGGUGCCGGCCCUGGGAACCCCAGCAGCACCCAGUGGAGCUGGGGCAACCCCCUCCAGUGCCAGGCUGGUGGAGCCGCGGGGACCCUGCACGGCGGUGGUGGCUCCCAACGAGGCUGCAGACAGUGGCUGGGCUGCGGUGACGCCAGAGUACGGGAGCAGCCUGGAGCCCGAGGAGCACAGCAUGGAGCCACCUGCUGUGCCAGAGGAGGAGAUGCCCCUCACUGUGGCACCUGGCCCGGCGGGUUGCCAGCUCUUCGGUUACGUGGGAAUCGAAGCCGUGCUCGACCAGAUGAAAAUCAAAACCAUGAAGACAGGCUUUGAGUUCAACAUCAUGGUUGUGGGGCAGAGUGGGCUGGGGAAGUCAACGAUGGUGAACACUCUCUUCAAGUCCAAGGUGAGCCGCAAAGCAUCACAGCCUGGCCAGGAGGAACGCAUCCCCAAGACCGUGCAGCUGCAGUCCAUCACCCAUGUCAUCCAGGAGAAGGGUGUGAAGAUGAAGCUGACGGUGACGGACACACCGGGGUUUGGGGACCAGAUCAACAACGAGAACUGCUGGGAACCCAUCAUCAAAUACAUCAAUGAGCAGUAUGAGAGGUAUCUACACGAGGAGAUCCUCAUCACCCGCAAGAGGAAGAUCCCAGACACCCGGAUCCAUGCAUGUGUCUACUUCAUCCCCCCCACGGGUCACUGGCUGCGCCCACUGGACCUGGAGUUCAUGCAGCGGCUCAGUAAGAUCGUCAACGUGGUGCCAGUGAUCGCCAAAGCUGACACGCUCACCCUGGAAGAACGGGCAGAAUUCAAGCAACGGAUCCAGGAGGACCUGAAGACCCAUGCCAUCAGCAUGUACCCGCAGGAGGACUUUGACCAGGACCCAGAUGACAGGGCGCUGAAUGACAGGAUUCGGCAGGAGAAGAUCCCCUUUGCCGUGGUGGGGGCGGACCAGGAGCACCAGGUGAAUGGCAAGCGGGUGCUGGGCCGCAAGACCAAGUGGGGCAUCAUUGAAGUGGAGAACCCGGCGCACUGCGAGUUCCCCCUCCUGCGGGACCUGCUGAUCCGGUCACACCUGCAGGACCUGAAAGACGUCACCCACAAUGUCCAUUAUGAGAGCUACCGUGUGCGGCGGCUGAACGAGAGCAACCGGCCAGUGCUGAGCCCUCUCGAUGGGCCACCCAGCAAGGGCGAGGGUGGCAGCAACCUCUGAGCCACCACGUCCCCCCCAAAGCUGCCACUGGACCCCCGUGGCAGUGCCCAUCCCCUGCCCACCAGUGGUUGUGCCUGGACCCUGCCUGGAGUGAGAAGCCCAUGCCAGUUUGGGGCGAGGAGCCCCGCAAGAGUGCCUGGCUGCCCCGGGUUGGGUCCCCAGGUCUCUCGUCCCCAAGCUCCGCCAUGGGCACAGGCCCUCUAGACCCUGUGCAGCAUUAAAGGUCAACCUGGAGCCUUCA